AUGCCGCCGCCCCCGCCAGUUCUGGGGCAAACGCUCCCGUCGGCGCGCAAUGUCAGCGAGGCCAACGUGCACAUCUCCAACCCCAACGCGGUCAUCCACAUCUCAACUUCCCGGCCAGGAAAGCACAAACCGUCGAUGGUCGAUACCUACUGCUUGCUUUUCAAUGCUCAAGGCCAACUCGUCGAACACAUGAGCCACAACCCAGCGUCGAUAGAUGGGGCCAUCACCCAAGUGCCACGCAACCAGUACGGCCACGAUCAAAAGUUCAUUGUCGCCCUGCAAUACGUCAACUACGGUAUCGAUGUCGUCGGGUUUAUCAUUUCCCACAGCGAGGAUACAGUGUCUGACCAGUCACGCCCCCUGGAUGAAUGUUCCGUGCAGUGCGUACUGCACUCGUCCAACGUCGACGUGACGCUCUGUCAAGGCCAGGGGGACGUCCUGUGCGAGUACGCUUACUCCCCGCAUGACCCCAGCGGCGGCCUCUUCCGAAACGCCACGAUGGUGUGCAAGAUCUACCGCGACACCCGCCAGCGCAGCCAUUGGGUGUUCAACCCCAUCGGCGAAGGCAUGACGUGUGUGAGCCACUGCAUCGUGGGGCUCACGCGGUGCGCCCAACUUCACUUGGUCGAUAUCAUUCCGGACAUCGACAUCCCCAACGUCGCGUCGCUCAACUCGAUCCAGGGCAUCUGCUCGGCCCUGUCCAGCGUCGAGUUUCUCGCAUUCGAGAACAAGUUCCCCGCCAAUGGGCACGACAAGCGCGCAUUCGCCACGUGUUUGUGCGAAGGCAUGGUGCGGUCGCGGCCAGAACUGCGCUCGGAAAAGCGUAUCACCGCCCUCCUCUCGCUGCUGUACGAAAUGUUUGACCAAAUCGAUAUCAACGGCGACUGCCAAGUGGAUUGGGAAGAGUUUACGUCGUUCUGUGUCGCGUUGGGCAUGAUUUCAACCAAACAGUCGCAACUUGCCGAGGGAAAAGGUGUCGAAUAUACCUACAAACAACACCCCUGUCACGGCUCCAAGACCUUUCCGUACCACAUCACACGCAUCAAAUGUUUCGACGCGAUUCGAAAGGUGGCCGUCCUGGAGCACAUGUCGCCCAAUAUUUCAAUUUUUGACUUUGAUGGGCACUUUCUCCACGACAAGACGUCGAUCGCCAAGUCGAGUGUGAUGAAGGAUGGGCUGUACGUGAUCGACAUUGACCACGUGCCAGGGAAGAACUGCUUUGUCGUGUCCAGUUCCGACCGCGCCAUCACAGUGUGGAGCAUCGUGAACGCCGUCAAGGGCCAGUACGUCCAGAGCGGCAAAGUCGUGAAUCACGACAUGAUGAUGGUUGUGAAAUGGUGUCCCAUGCUCAAGCUGUGCCUCCUCUCCAGCGUCAAGUCGACGUCGCUGUGGAACGUUGACACUUGCAAAGUCGAGCACCGGUUGCGUCAUCACUCGGAUUUGGUCACAGAUGUCGUGGAGAUUCCAGCCACUCGAUUGUUUGCCACGUGUUCAUUCGACCACAACGUGGCCGUGUGGGAAGCCGACCGCAUGAAAGUGCUGUUUCAGUUCACAGGACAUACCCAGGCCGUGAUGCAUCUAGAUUGCAACGGGAAUGUGCUGGUGAGCUGCGGGUUCGAGCAUCAUGCGCGAGUGUGGAGCAUCGCCACUCGCAAGCAUUUGGUGAUGCUCACAGGUCACCACUACGCCCUUUUGGACGUCAAGUUGGUGCGGCAUCACUCGGCCAAACUGUUUUGUGUGACGGGGGACACGUCCGGCCAUUUUAAGAUCUGGGACAUAUCCAGGUGCAUUGUCGACGCGUCCCGGGACGCCGCGGUGGUGCUGCACACGUACACAGUCAACGUCGUAGGGUCCAUGGCACCCAUCUUUCAUUCGUUUGCGAUCAUUCCCGAGCGCAAGCGGACCACAGAGCUGCUCGACAUUUGGGCCGGCAAUUUCCAGGUGCUGCGCCUCGUGCCCGAGAUGGUGACGUCGCUGCACAGUCCGCUGCAGUUUGUCCUGUACAACCAAGUGUCGCACACGUUUACAGCGUCGAUCGCGGGGCGCAUCACCGUGUGGAGCGGCAAAAGCGGCGUCAUCAUCCAAGAGCCGAUUGCGAUCACAUCCGCCGAAGUAUGCGCCAUGUGCUUUGACCUGCCUCGACAGCGCAAGCUAUUUAUUGCCACCAGUGACGGCCGUGUGAGCAUGUUCAAUCCUAUCACUGGACUGCUCAUGGAUUCGGCCCAGCUACACGACGGCGAAGUCAUGUCGAUGAUCUACUGCGAACGGACAAAUUGCCUCAUAACCAAUGGCACGGACGAUUCGCUGUCUAUUUGCAACGACGUACAAGGCGAAGGCCGCCUGGAUCCCAUGCGUUCGAUCGACAACGUUCACAGGGCCCCCAUGUCGGCGUGCGCAUACUCGAGCGAACAUGGGUUGAUUGCAACGGGGGACACGAACGGGCACAUCCGGGUGCACGACUUCCAGCGGCUAUCGCUCAUCUUCCGCUGCGAUGGGCACAAGGGGGAGGUGACGGCGCUGGCGUUUCACCGACAGUGUUGCGUCUUGUUUGCAGGGGAUUCGGCGGGGGAGGUGCUGGUGUGGCAAGUGCUCAAUGUGUCGACCAUGUCCAAGUGUCUCAUGCGACUGACGUCUACCGCCGCCACACCGGUGUCAUCAUUGUCCUCGACGUUUGUCACGGAUGUCUCACCGACGGCCCCGACGUCGUGUGGCAUCAGCUCCCUUUGCAUGACAGAAGACUCGGAGCACUCGUUCGCGUCCGUGGUGGCCGCCGACGAUCUCGGGUACGUCCACUGCUGGCCGCUGCAGUCCAUCCGUCAGCAUUUCCGCGGCGUCAUGCGCAUCCAUUUUGAUCCGUUGGCGGAAAGCAUGAUUGCGUAUGCCCGGGGUGGAUACAACCCUAACCUCCGCAUCAGUCGACGGCAGAGCGUCAUGGCUCCCCCGCCGCCGCCGCCGGUAGCCUCGUCGACGGCUACACAAGCCGCCACUGACCAGCGCAGUCGGGGGCCUCGCCAAAAGCAACCCAGCCAAAAAGGCGGCAACGGACGAACGCCCAGCCCGCGCGUCGCCGAUGCCUUGUCUUGGAAAGCCCAUGACUCUAAGAUCUUGCAACUCUGUCCCCUGCAGUUCCCAGGAUUUUUGUAUUCGUACGACGACGUCGGCGUGCGGUUGUGGGACGCGGAAGGCGGGUGCCUGGGGACGCUGCAGCGGCGAUUCGAUGAUGCCGAGUCGCAGCCAAUGCAAUGGCAGUAUCGGCCGUCGAUCCUCUUGGUGGACAACUCGGCUACGAUGAAGCAAAUGGCGUUGGACAUCCUCACGGCCGCGGUGGCAGAUAGCAACUCGUCCGUUGUGGGGAUGGGCGAUGGCGACAACGCCAUCCCAGCCACCAUGACCGGCUUGGAAACCCAAGACGUCACAGGGAUCCUGACUGCGAGCGACCCACGCACCCCGCGGACGAUGCGGCGGUACGCGAGCUUGGCCAGCGUGAUGGAAAAGGUCAAAGCGUUCAAGGUCGACGACCCAGGGCUCGGAACGGUGUUGGAAGGGCUCAAGGCGCAUGCCGAGGCCGACCGCGCGUUUUCUCGCAUGUCGGUCAAAGCUGGCGUCAAGGAAAACGUGUUCAGUCAAGACGAAGCGUACGCGUUGGAAGCGGUGGGGCGGGAUGCGCUGCAGCGACGCAACUACGAGACGAUUCUGUUUCCGCCAUUGUUGCUCACCACUGCCCAGAUCAAGAAGGCGUAUGCAAAGGAGUGUGCAUCAAUCUCCGAGGAGUCCGCUGGCGAUAGGCCGGAGCAACAUGCUAGUAGUACUAGUACUAGUAGUAGUCGGUGGAGUGGGGUUCAAGACUUGCCGAUACUGCGAACGUGCGACAACUUUGCGGUCGAAGUGGCCGCGCGGCGGUUGAAGCUGGCCACGACCGGGCAAUCCUCGCGGCAUGAAAUGUCCGUGGAGCCGUCCGAGUUUUUAAAACGUCACUUACAAGAGAUUCAACCCAAGAAGCGUUCCAAACGGCGUCCGAAACGAAAAAUCGUACGACCGAGAAAGAAUCCGCAGCAAGAACCCCAGGCAGGGCAAGUGCAGCAGAAGCCGACGAUGGUCAUGGAGAGCUACAUUAAGAUGACGACGGUCGACGACAAGUCCAACGUGGUGCUCUUGCCGACCCUGUCCAAGAAGCCAUUGAAGGCGGCGUUUAUCAUGCAGAAAAGCGCGUCCAUGCCGGUGUUGCAUGCAGUCGUGACCGAGUCGAAGCACGAUCAAGACGAUGACAGGACGGCCGAUAAGAUCAUCGACAACGAUGCAGAAGAAGACGUGACGACUCCGUUGUCGUCGCGCCCUGAAAUCCGGCCAGAAGUCAAGGAGAACAUCCGGCGCAAGAUGGUCUUGUGCGAUAGCAUGUGUCACGAGACGCGGGUACGAAAGGCGAUGCCGAGCCGCGUGAAGGUGGCCAAGAAACGACGACCGCCCAUCGAUCCCGUAGAAUGGGCCAAGGCAGGCAAGAACCCGUUCGGCCCGCACUACUCGGUGCGCGAAGUUCUCGAAUUUGGAGAAACCUUGCUCCGAUUCGACAAGGACCUGUCGGGGGACAUCGACACUGAUGAAUGGAUGAAGAUCAUGACGGCGUUCAUGCCCAAGGCUCAGGACGCGGACGUGGCCGUGGUGAAGGACCUAUUUGCGACGGUGGAUGCGAACGAAGAUGGACUCAUCUCGCUCAAUGAACUGCUGCACAUCGUGGUACGUGAAGAUGGCAUUCGAUGGAAUAGCACUUGCUUGAUACGUCGAUGUAAAUACAUACUGUAGUUCCUGCAAGCGACGAGGGAACAAUUGCUCCUGAUGGAAGAGCUCAUUCGAAGGACAUCGCGCGGAAACGAACCUGACGAUGCCUCGCCAGCACCUUCGCCCGCUCCCGUGGUUCCAAGCUCCAACGACGAAAUUGAAUGACACCAUGAACGACAACAUGCUGCUUGGCACUUUUACGAUCAUAUGGAGAAGGGCGGCCGAACCCAUCCAUACGAUCCAUUGCAAGAUCGCACGGCGUGGACUUGAUGGAGGGGUAUGUAGGACGAGAGUGCAUACAGCACACACGCAUGCAUGACAUCAGGAGUUCGCGACCCACGGACAUGUGUGAUGGAUACAUGCUUGGCACCACUCAUGCAGAGAGGGAU